GGUUAAUUAAAUAAAUGGGAACUAAAAGAAAGAGAGUGAUAAUGCAGGCAGGAUCCCUUUUGAAUCCCAUCUUUAGAUACAUUUUGAAGAUGAAUUUCGUUGCCAAUCCCACUGACAUCCAUGGGACCAGGUUACUAAGGUUUUUUGAAUGGGUUAUCCUUUAGACAUUUGCAAUAUUAAACAAUGAAUUUGAAUAAGAAAUUACAUCAACCCAACUUUGAAUCUACCUAUAGAGAGUCAGUCGAAUGCAUCUCCAGUAAAUGGGAAAUCAAGUUUGGUAAGCAAUUCCAUUAUCCUAAGUGAAUGGAUGGGAAAGGACCUUCUAUAUGAAAUAUGCUGACAUGUCGACUUUGCAUCAAACAAUAAGACAAUACAAUCAUUUCAUAGAAGGACAAAGAGCUCUCUAAGGAGAAGAUGAUGAGCCCGAUGAUACCCUAUUAUAAUAUUGAAUAAAAUAUAUUGGAGAAUAAUCAG